AUUUUGGAAAACUUUGUCUUAAACAAAAAGAUAAAAAUAACUUUUUUUAUUUAGCACUAUAUAGGAUUGAGAGAAAGAAUUUAAAAAUUAUUUCACGAUAAAUAUUGUCUUGGAUAUGCUUAGUAAUGUCAUCCGAAAAUAGUGUAGAAUCUUUAGGAACAUUACAAUGGGAUAUAAUGGAAUUAGCCAAUCAUUUGCGUCAAGAACGCUUAUUUGUUACUUCAGAACAACAAAAUUUACAAAUACUCAAUGAAAAGGUAUUAUAUGCAUCAUCAAAUUUGGCACAACAAGCAUGGAUUACAGCACAACAGAGAGUUAAUCUCAAUCAAUUGAUAAUGUCUAAACCAUAUUGUACACCAGCAUCUUGUUGUCAAAAAGCAAAUAUAUUGGAAAAUUCAAAUUUUGUUGAUGUAUAUAAAUAUUUGCGUUAUCAGACGUGUUUAUUAUAUGGGGAAUUUUUAGGUGCUCUUAGAAAAUCUCCAAAACUACUUGCAAUGUGUUUAGUUGAAGGGGACAAAUUAUUACCAGAUUCUGUGCAAGCUGUAGUUCAAUCAUUAGCAGCAGGUUUAUAUGGUAGUUGUUUACUACCAGAAGAUAAAAUUUUGGUUUUAAAGUUAUUAAAGCAUCUAAUGUUACUACAAAUUGUACCAUCAGAUAAUCCUCGAAGAUUACUUAGAUAUGGCACAUGUGCUUUCUCUAGAUUUUAUUCAGUCUUUCAUGAAAGUCUAUUUUCAGCUAAAUUUUUUUUAACUGCUGCUUUACAUAAUCCUAUUGUACAAUUAUUAAUGGAAGAUGAAAUGUUUCUUGAUAUCGAUCCAGAUAAAGCACCUAUAAGAUUUCCUCCAUCAGAGAGAUUGAAGAAAUUUGGCAAGGAAGGUACUGCUGAAUAUGAAGCGAAACUACAACGUUAUAGACUCUGGACAAUUAAUUCUCUAUUUCACAUUACACAAAAAUUUAUAAUCUGUAUACGAGAAAAUAUGCAUUGUUUUCCAAGCAGUAUAUGCUGGCUAGUUAGACAAAUGGCAGGAUUUUUGGGGAAAAAUGGAAAUGUUGAUUCAAAAGAAGUACAUGCAAUGUGUACGGAUUUAGUUUUUACAUAUUUUAUAUGUCCUGCAAUAGUAAAUCCAGAACCAUAUGGUAUAACAGAUGCACCUAUUAGCUAUGUUGCUCGAUUCAAUCUUAUGCAAGUUGGACAAAUUUUGCAAAUGCUUUCUUUAAUGAAAUACCAGGCUGUUGACAGCAAAACAUUUGAUCUAUAUAAGAAAUUCGAUAAGGAUUCUGUUUCUUCUAUAAUAGAUGCGAUGGUAGAUGGUGCAACAGAAGAUCUCGAAGACGAGCCUAAUAUCAUCGAUAACAAUAAACUUCGAGGCUUUUCUCGUUCCGCUGCUUUAUUUACGGAAACAGAAUUGAAUACAUUAAUUAUAUUUUUGCAAACUAUAGCUACAGAAGCUACAAUAGAAAAUUCAUCGUCCACUGCGUUUGACGCAAAGCAAUUGAUUGAUAUGCUUUCUCAAUUACCUUCUGGUUCUUUAACUGCUAAUAAAUUAGCUAACAAUAUUUCUGUUGAAACUACUAUCAAAAAAGGAGGUUUAUUAGGAAAAGGAAAAGGUCGGGGAGUACGAGUAUCGUCGUCAUCAUCAUACUCAUCCAAUACAACUAAUGAUGGAGGGGAUGAAUUGAAUGGUACUUCGACUCCUGAAGAAGAAUCUAUUGAUAAAACUCCUCAAGAUGUUCUUGUUAUUCCUUUUGGACCAAAUACAGGAGAAUUUGUAGGUCUUUUGAGUGAACAAAAAGUGUUAUGCGCAGAACUUCAAUGCAAUAUGGAAAAUGGUCCUGUUAAUUUGAAUCUUUCAGAUGAUAUAUCUAAUGUUCAUGAUAGACAAGAAAACUGUGGUGUUGAACGUACAGAAAGUCAAGAAAAAAAGACAAGAUUUUCGUUGUCUCACGAUGAAGUUUUAUUUGAAGGUUUUAUCGGAAAUACUUCAGAUAAUUUAGAAGCUGUAUCAGAAGCUGCUUCAAAUCACAGUGUUGCUUCUUCACUUGAGUUGGAAACAGAAGAUCAAAAUGAUAAUCUUUCAGAUAUGGUAUCUGCGAGUGUAUCGGGACGAGGAACACCUAAUAUAUCAGGUCGUGAUACUCCAUCAUCUCAAAUUACUGAAGGAGAUGAAGGACGAACAACAGGCGAAACUCGACAGUUAGAUUUACCUCCAUCGAAUAUCCCUACCAAACAAAGUCGAUCCGAAAUAGAUGAUAAAUUUUGUAAAUUUGAAAUAAAAAAAUUGAUCGAAGGAGACGAAACUGUUUCGAUGGUAUCUGAUACCUGGUCAACAGAUGUUUUGGCUUCAGAUAGUGAAAUAAUCGAACAACAAGAAAAAAUAUUAUAUCCCAGUUCCGAACAAACUUCUUCAGUUUUACCAACAACUUCGGAAUCAAUACCGCAAGCCGUGUUAGAUGUUAGCGAAACUGCAUCUGAAGCAUGGAGUACUGAUGUAUUAGCUAGUGAUUCUGAAAGAUUAACAGAAGUUGAUACAGAUGAUACAGCUAGCGUUGCAAGAUCCGAUGACACUGCAAGAUCUGAAAUUGAAGUUGAACCUCGUAGUGAAGCUGAAACAACCGAAAAAACAUUAGCACAGACGUUACCUCAAAAUGUUAUAACAACUGAAUGUAUAUCAACAACAAAUCUUCAAUCAAUGUCGAUAAACCAGGAAAAUAUACAAUUUUCUACAACUAUUCUUUCACCAACAUCUCUUUCAUCAUCUUCUUUGAAUGUAACUGGACAAAAUAUAAGGAGAUCUGAUUAUCAAACAACCAUAUGUCGACAAGAAUAUAUUGAUAAAAAUGCCAACAGCAUUGCGGACAGUGCAGUAGAAUACGAUAAAUCGUGUGAAGAUAGAUUAGUUCAUCUCAUAGAUAAACUGCAUAUAGAAAAUGGAAAAGAUCAGAUAGAACGACAAGCUUCUUCUAUACAUAAUCGCAUUACUGUAGCAGCUGUGACGCCAACUUUAUUAUUAUCUAAUCAUAUCUCAUCAUCCAUAUUGUCAAGCACAGAGAAAUCGCACAAUAUAGUGAAAGAGUCGCAGGAACUAGAAUGUAGCUUAGUCAGUUCUAUUGAAGAGACUGUUAAUGAAAAUGGUCCGGAUGGCGCUGUUGGAUUAAGUACUGGUAGUUUAGCAUCAAGCAGUAGUUCAGGUUCUGAGACACGAAUAAAAAAUACAAAUUCGGAAUUACCACUAUCAAUGGGAACAUCAGAAAAUUGCGAUAUGACGAAUGAUUGUUCAAAACCAACUAUAUCUAGUGGAGCAAUACCAAAAAGUAUCAGUUUCGAUAUGACUGCAGAACGCGGAGACAAGGAAUUGUUGGACGAUGAUCAGAAAAAUAAAAGAAGUUUUUUUGGAAAAUUGAAAAUGUCCUUACGAAAUCGACGGGGUAAAACAAUUCGUGGCACUGAUGAUAUCGGCAGAUGUUAUGAUCGAGAAGCUAUGGGGGAUAAUAUUGAUGUAGGACGGCAUAGAUUACGUAGAAUAAUGUCGGAAGAUGUAUCAUCUACUAGUAAUGCGAGUUGUGAUAGUACGGAUGAUAUUUUAGCUAAAUAUAGAAGGAAACCAAGUGCAGCAAGUGAUACAGCAUCAGUGGAAAGCAAUCAAUCUCGUACAAAAGAAUCAAUUGAGGAUGAAAGACUUUUUAUAGAUCCAAAUAAUAUUGAAAUUUCCUAUGCAUUUUCUGAUGCAAAAAGAAAAUUACGAAUGGUACUUAGUACAGCUGAUCUUCAACAUAUUCCUUGGAAUGCUACAUCUGAGCGUAAUUAUUGGUCACAAAAAGAAAAUGAAUUAGUUGCUUUUUUACAAUUGCAAUUGGCAGAAGCUAUUAAUUUACAAGAUAGAGCAUUAAUAGCACAUCUUCAUGAAACAUUACGUUGUAUUAGAUUAUUUAAUGAUGAUGGAUGUAGAAAAUUAUUCAAAUCAUUGCGAGAAGAUUAUCAAAAACGAUCGCCUUAUAUUGCAUACUUAAUCAGAUGUCGACAAGGAUUACUUUCUACAUUGGCUCAUUUGGAUAGAUUGUGCAUUAGAGUAAAAUGUGACCGUGAUGCUAUUAAUAAUCAUCUUGUAUCUGUUUGUGUAAAAGUUUUUUUGGAAAAGAAAGAAUCUCUUUUACUACGUUUUUGUGAUGAAUUUAAAAAAUUGACAUUGGCAGAUGAGAAACAAGAUUUAGUCGAUAACUUCUUAAGCAAACUUCAUACAAAAAUGGACAAUGAUCCAAUUUGGCAAUGUGCGUGCGAAAAUCAAUUAAACUUGGCAAGAGCUGUAGUUGAAAGGACUGUGAUGGCACGUGUUUAUCAUAAUGCACUUUAUCCAAAUGGAGAUGGUGAUAUUUAUAGGGACCAAUUACUUCAAGAUCACAUUAAAAAACUUGCCAAAGUUGUAACACCGAAUCAUAAGGACUUACGAAUCCCUAAAAUAUAUCAUUAUGAAUGUCCUUGGCCCUGGGCUCAAGCAGAAUUAGCUGUGAUUUCAGCAUAUAAAACACCUAGAGAUAAAUUACAAUGUGUUUUUCGUUGUGCAACUACUAUCAUGAAUCUACUUUCAAUGGCAACUGAAAGAGGAGUACCCGCAGCUGAUGAUCUAAUCCCUGUACUAGUCUAUGUUAUCAUUAAAACUAAUCCGCCGUCCUUGCUUUCAACUAUUCAAUACGUGGAUAGUUUUUAUGGAAAUCGAUUAGGAGGAGAAGAACAAUAUUGGUGGACACAAUUUUGUUCUGCAAUUGAAUUUAUAAAGACUAUGGAUUAAAUCGUAUUAGUUAUAAAAUUUCAUUGAAAUAUGUAGAAAUAGUGUAUUAUAUUUUUCAUUGUCGCUGUCAUAAUUUUUCAAUAAUUUUUGUUAUUAUAACUCUUUUAAUGAGAUUGUUAUUCUCGUACUUUUCAUUAUUUUUAUUAUUUUCAUGAUCAGCACUUUGAUAUUAUUAAUAUCAAUACUAUAUUAUCAUUACUAUUUUCUAUCUUUAACUUUUGUUAAAAUUGCUCUUGUUACUAUUAUUCUAUGCUAUUAUUCUUAUUGUAAUUGAAAUAUCUAUGAUAUUUCAA